AUGUACAGUCGGCCGUCCACCAUGACCUCUACCAAAUCACCACCGCCGACCAAGCUGCGAGUGCUCAUCGUUCGACACGGCGAAACGCGCGAGAAUGUAGAGCGAAUCAUCCAAGGACAGCUCGACACUGAUCUCAACGCUCGCGGCCGACAGCAGGCCGAUGUCACAGGUCAAUUCCUCAGUACCACCCAUAUCGAUCGUAUCAUCGCGUCACCGCUCAGGAGAGCCGCUGACACGGCGAAAGCUAUUCACAAGUACCAGCGUCAAUCGACACGGCAUCAGGAGCCAUUGGAGUUGGAGCUCGACGAUCGACUCAAAGAGCGUGCGUUCGGAGUGUUGGAGGGCAAAGUGUACAAUGGCGGCUCUAAAAAGCCGGAAGAUACCGAAGGAAUCGAGCGUAUGGAGCCGUUCAGCGAGAGGCUAGCCAGCUUCUGGAACGACCUCGUUACCCGGACUGUGACAGCGGAGCUGGACGAGGUGUCAGAGAGAACAGAGACGGUGGUGUUGGUUUCACACGGCGCGGCCAUCAGCGCGUUGAUGAAUCAGGUGCUCGUGCCAGGGAGAUACGCUAUCGUACCCACCGACGUCACCCCAGCACGAUUCUGGAAUUGCUCGAUCACCGAGCUCCUCGUUCCAGUCAUCAGAACAUCGGAAUCGACAGUACAGCCUGGGCACCCUUCCCGCAAAGCGCGAUGGUCUAUUCGACCCAUCCAUCUCGGCGUCCAGGGAGCCCAAUUUAUCCUCGACCACCAACUGCAGAAGAAGCUGCUGACCCACGCCAAGGCCAGCAAUACAUCGUCAACCCAGGCGACAGCCGAACUGGAAGUUUUGGUCAACAAGACAGAACAAGAGUUCAACCGCGAUCCAGAGGGCAAGAGACAACUCCAAGAAGAUACCAUCAAAGCGCCGGAUGGCAAGACAGUGGAGACCGAUAUCGGCUACGGCAAAGCGAUCGGAGUCGUAUUGCAGUGGUCCAACGUGGACCAUCUCAAGGAGCUGGAGGAAGCGGUCCAGCCGGUCAACAACAGCGGUGACGCAUCGGCGGGCAAGUCCAACGUCAACGUUGAUGAGCUCGUCAAGUAG